AUGAAAAAAUUGCCUAAAAAUAAACAAUCAUCGCAAGGUACAAAGAAGAGUUCAAAAACAAAGCUUGUUCUUGCUCCAUUAGUUGAUUUCGGGCGACCGCAGGUUCUGAAAGAGCCCAGUCAUCCAUCUUUGAUUGCAUUUAAAAGGAAUUCAGAAAGACCGCCAACGCCAUACGACGAUAUACGGACGAGAAAGUCUAUCAGAACACCCGAGACAAGUUCCCCACCAUCUUCCCAAGCAAGUUUAUACAGCAUGGAGGCCAGACAAACGAAACGAAGUUCAAAAAUACCGCCUCUUGCUGUGGAAAAACAUGAUCAUGAAACUGACGAAACAAGAAAGCAAAAUGGCAACACUAGGGCAUCUUUUUUGCCAAAAAUUGAAGGAAACUCAAGGAAUUCGCUCACAAGUCAACCACAAAGUAACUCGAGGUCUACAGUGGUGAAAUUGCCACCAGCAGGCUGCAGAAAUGUCGUUGCACAAGGCAAUUAUUCUCGCGAGAGCAGGCCAGCAUCCCCUUCGCCUGGUUCUUUGACAAAUUUAGAACUCCCUUCAGCAAGCAGCAGCAAGGUGGCAAGGAAAAGACGAACUAAAUCUCGCAGACACAUUCAAAGUAAUUUAGAAUAUGAUGAUGCAGAGAUUGCCAAAAAGGCAAAAAUGUAA